GCUUUCCUCCACCACCUAAACCGCACCGAACCCCGCUCGCACUUUCGCAGAAACACCCCUCACCGACCCCGUAUUUACAUUAAAGUUACCUACCUUUCCUCUUUAUUGGAUUUUUUGCGGAGAGCCCCCUGGUAAGUUUGUGAUUAUCGCAUCGGUGCCCUUCGCCGGAGCUGUGGGUGGUGCCCUCUAUGAAUGGUCAAACCCCGAUGGGGCUCGCCGCCGCCGCCGCAGCCGCAGUGAGGCCGUGCCGCCGGAGGCUGCUGUCGUCGGCCACGGCGGCGGCGGCGGCGGCGACGGUCGCCACCGCGACCCCGCUGUUCCCCAGAUGCCCCCACCCGCACCACCACCUCCACGGCCGCCGCCUGCCCUUCCUCGCAUCCGCGGCGUCGCAGCAGCAGCAGCAGUCCGGGCAGACCGCCGCCUCGCCGGCGACCCCACCUAUACCCUCCGAUCCCCGCGCCGCCGUCUCCGGCAACCUCCCCUUCUUCGACCGCGUCCUCUUCCCGGACACGUUCCCGGUCGAGACCCCACCGCCCUCGUCGGCGGCGGCGUCCGCGGCGGCUGCGGCCGAUGAGGAGGUGGCGUCGGCGCUCAAGGCGAGGGAGGAGACGGAGGCGGAGCGGGAGGCGUGGAGGCUGCUGAGGAGGGCGGUGGUGAGCUACUGCGGCGAGCCGGUGGGGACGGUGGCGGCGGAGGACCCCGAGUGCACGGAGACGCUCAACUACGACCAGGUGUUCAUCAGGGACUUCGUGCCCUCGGCGCUCGCCUUCCUCAUGCGCGGCGAGACCGAGAUCGUCCGCAACUUCCUCCUCCACACCCUGCAGCUGCAGAGCUGGGAGAAGACUGUUGAUUGUUACAGCCCUGGGCAAGGCUUGAUGCCAGCUAGCUUUAAGAUUAGGGCUGUGCCUCUUGAUGACAAUAACGAAGCAUUUGAGGAAGUUUUGGACCCUGACUUUGGAGAGUCAGCUAUUGGACGUGUAGCUCCGGUGGAUUCAGGACUUUGGUGGAUUAUUUUGCUGAGGGCAUACUGCAAGAUUACAGGGGACAAUGCACUGCAGGAAAGAGUAGAUGUGCAAACCGGCAUUAAACUUAUCUUAAGCUUGUGUUUGUCCGAUGGGUUCGAUAUGUUUCCAACUUUACUGGUCACAGACGGAUCAUGCAUGAUAGACAGGAGGAUGGGAAUACAUGGGCACCCCCUUGAAAUUCAAGCUUUGUUCUACUCUGCCCUACGAUGCUCACGAGAAAUGCUUGUUAUGAACGAUGGGUCAAAAAACCUCCUUCGUGCCAUUAAUAACAGGCUGAGUGCGCUGUCCUUUCAUAUUAGGGAAUACUACUGGGUUGACAUGAAGAAGAUAAAUGAGAUAUACAGAUACAAAACAGAAGAAUACUCUCAUGAUGCAACAAACAAAUUCAACAUUUAUCCUGAGCAAAUCCCUUCUUGGCUUGUUGACUGGAUUCCUGAAAAAGGUGGCUAUCUCAUCGGGAACCUGCAGCCAGCUCACAUGGAUUUCAGGUUCUUCUCUCUCGGCAACCUUUGGGCAAUAACUUCAUCUCUAACUACUCCAAAACAAGCUGAGGGAAUACUUAGCCUUAUUGAUGAGAAAUGGGAUGAUCUCAUAGCAAACAUGCCCCUCAAGAUAUGUUACCCCGCAAUGGAAGAUGAUGAAUGGCGCAUUAUUACCGGCAGUGAUCCUAAGAACACCCCAUGGUCAUAUCAUAAUGGUGGAUCCUGGCCAACGCUGCUGUGGCAGUUUACAUUGGCCUGUAUCAAAAUGGGAAGACCAGAGUUGGCCCGAAGAGCCAUUGCUGUGGCCGAGGAGAAGCUGGCAGCUGACAAAUGGCCAGAGUACUAUGACACCCGCUCUGGAAGAUUCAUCGGGAAGCAAUCUCGGUCAUAUCAGACAUGGACUAUUGCUGGUUUUCUGACCUCUAAGAUGCUAUUGGAAAACCCCGAGCUGGCUUCUAUUCUGACCUGCGAUGAGGACCUCGAGCUGCUUGAAGGCUGUGCAUGCUGCCUUUCUAAGAAGAGAACUAGGUGCUCACGCCGUGCAGCCAAGUCCCAUGUCGUCGAGUAAAACAGCAGAGUCCCUUUUAUACAUGCUACUCUGCACGCACAAGUAUACUACGAGUACUUGUCGACAAUUAACUUGAGACGAACACACUAUAGCCAUGUACAUUAGUAUAGGUUUACACUAGAUAUCCAUCCAUUCAUUUUCCUCGAUGCGCGCUCAUUCGUUUUUGCUGAGCUGCCAUCGAUGGGAUUGGAGCUACCCUGGGUGAUACCGGUGGUCGACGAGAGCAACACCGAUUCAGGUCUGUGGCUCUCGUGUACACAGGAAAUUGAAGUUUGUUGUUGUGUUCGGUCCACCAGCAGCUCCUAAUUCGGGAGUGCUGCGAAGCCCUAACCAUUGUAUCCAUUGUCAUUAUUUAAGCUGUAUCUUGUAUCACUUGGCAAACUGAACCAAGACACCAUUUUCCUGUUAUCUUGAUGAAAUAUAACAAUGCUAUGAAUGUUAUGAUUAUCGAUUUA